AGGAAUGUUCCAACCAUCGAUGAAAUUUGAUUCUCCCGCAUAUUGCUCUGCCUCGCCUUACAUAACCUCUCAAAAAACAAAGUCUUCCACUCCUCAGACAACUUCAAAUUUGACACGUUGCACAUUAGCUCCAAUCACAAGCAUUCUAACGUCUAUUACUUCGUCUACGGCAAAUGACAUUACGAAUAACAGUAAUACUAUGUUUUCCAUUGUUUCUUGUCAAUCUAGCGCAUCCUCUGUAGGCAAGAAUAAACGCGGCCGUAAGCCCUUACCAACAAUGCCAAAAGAGAAAAGACAUUUCAGAAAUUUAGUCAAUCAACGCGCGUUCCGUGAACGUAAGAAGAAUUAUGUUCACGAUCUGGAAACUAGAGCCUCAAAAUUUGAGACGAUGUACAAUGAAUCUCAGAGUGAAAUUAAAUCAUUGAAAGAAAGAGUCGCGCUUUUGGAAAAACUUAUUGCUAGUAGCAAUAUAAAUGAUGACAGUGAUGGACGUGAUAAUAUUUAUGUGGUUGAAGAUAAUUCUAAUGAAAACCGAUUACCUCAAGAAAUCUACAAGCACAAAGAAAACGUGUCAUACGCGAUGCCCACUGUCUCAGAACAAUACACAAGUUAUUCUUCUGCAUCAGGAAAUU